CGCGGAAUGUAGGCGUGCAAUAAAUAAUAAUAACUAAUUUAAAAGAAAAGUGUUUAAUAAAGUGUUGCUUUCUUUUUCAACAAAACAAGUGUGUUAAAAGUACGAUAAAAAAUAAAAAGUAAUGGACAUCUCUAUUAGUUCAUCAACAAUCACAGAUUCUGGUGACGAAGACAGCAGUUAUUUUUUUCCUCAGUUACCGCACAUUAUCAGAAACAGUGAAAAUUGGUGUAGAAGGCACUAUAGCAGCGUUCCAGACGCUCACCAUUCUAAAGCAACCAAAGUGUGCAUAAUUUCGUCUCCCAUAGAGCCAGUUGCCGAAGACGAAGAAGACGAUGACGGUAUUGAAAAUGGUGAUAAUAUUAUAUUCAACACAAAUAAAACACACGAUUACACGUUUUUCCCAGAAAAAUGGAAACAAAUUUUGCGAUAUACGAAACUGGCAAUAUUAAUAAUUUUCUGGUUACUAAUCACUAUAAUUUUAAUGAGGAAAACAGAGAUUGUUCCAGGGACACAUCAAAUAAACGUUGCAAAGGGGAAGGCUAAAAGUUUUUCAAUAUUUGACGCCCCGAAAUCAAAAAAGCUCGAGAUAAUGUUAGAUGGCGCUAUGCUGCCUGAAUAUUACAGAAACCUGUCACAACAUUCGAUGGAUGUAUGGGUUGAAGGGGUGGUCACGUCGCAACCCGCAAACAAUAAUAGCAAUCUAAAGGAAGCAAACGUCUUAUCAGUAAAAAACAUUUCUGAAUUAUGGCGUGUGCCCUUAGUCUCUGAUACCAUGCUAGAGCAGGUACCACAAAUAAACCUGAGGAAGGCUCUAGCUCUGGAUGAUGUGCUAGUCAACGAUUCGCAGUAUCUAUCGUUGAGAAUAAAACUGAAAACAAAUCUGGAUAGAAAUCUACCUUUAUCCUUAGAGUACCAUUUGGCUUCCAUAAGUACCAACGAUGGUGUCAUUUACGCUGCGUUCGUCCUUCUGGGACUUUACGUCAUCAUUAUAUUUGAGAUAAUACAUAGGACGUUAGCGGCCAUGUUAGCGAGUACGAUAUCAAUAGCGAUUUUAGCUUAUUUGAAUGUUAGACCGGCUCUUUCGGAGAUCGUGUCGUGGAUUGAUACUGAAACGUUGCUUCUAUUGUUUUCUAUGAUGAUCAUAGUCACCAUUGUCAGCGAAACGGGUCUAUUUGAUUAUUUAGCAGUAUUAGCAUUUAAGGUAACAAAUGGGAAGGAAUGGCCCCUUAUAAACACCUUGUGUUUGUUUACCGUAUUUUUGUCGUGUUUUCUGGACAGCGUCACGACGGCUUUGCUCCUUACUCCAGUUACUAUAAGGUUGUGUGAGGUAAUGAAACUGAACCCAGUUCCAGUACUAAUUUCAAUGGUUAUAUAUUCGAAUGUAGGAGGAGCUAUAACGCCUGUUGGGGAUCCCCCUAACGUUAUUAUUGCAUCCAAUAAAAAUGUUGUAAGCUCCGGUGUUAAUUUUGCAGUAUUCACCCUACAUAUGGGCAUCGGAGUACUGCUUUCAUCAAUUGUCAUUCAGCUUCUACUUCAUUUCUUUUACAAGGAUGAUAAGGACUUCAAGGUCAGAGACAGGGAACGCCAGGAAGUAAGUGAACUGAAAAGGGAAAUAGCAGUUUGGCAAAGAGCCGUUGCCUCGGUGAGCAGUUACAGUAAAGACGAAGAUGUUGUAAAGGAAUCGAUGAUGAAGAGGACAUCAAAGCUUAUGGGCAAGUUGCAAACGAAGACUGCAAGUUGUAGUAAUUCGAAUAGAGAUCCUUUUGAGGAUAAUCUGGAGGCUUUGCAGAAUCAGUAUCGUAUUAGGAAUAAACCCUUAUUAAUCAAAUCCGGAAUAGUACUUUUGUUUGUUAUUCCAUCAUUCUUUCUGCAUUCAGUUCCAGAAAUAAGUCAUCUUGGCAUGGGUUGGACGGCAUUCCUAGGGGCCUUGCUCCUUUUAAUACUUUACGACAAAGAUAACUUGGAUUCAAUUCUGGCAAGGGUGGAAUGGUCAACUUUAAUUUUUUUUGCAUCCUUGUUCAUACUGAUGGAGGCUUUGUCUAGACUGGGUUUGAUUGACUGGAUUGGACAGCAAACUGAAUCUCUAAUAAUGUCAGUGCACCAAGAAUCAAGAUUGGCCGUGGCGAUUCUGCUGAUUCUCUGGGUGUCCGCUGGAGCCUCGGCCUUCGUUGAUAAUAUUCCAUUGACAACGAUGAUGGUAAAGAUUUCAGUGAAUUUAUCGAAAAAUGCUGAAUUGAAGUUACCCCUUCAACCUCUCGUUUGGGCACUAUCUUUUGGAGCAUGCUUUGGAGGAAAUGGAUCGUUGUUUGGAUCAUCUUCUAAUAUAAUUUGUGCAGGAGUUGCGGAACAACACGGAUAUAAGUUUUCAUUCACGGACUUUUUCAAGGUUGGCUUUCCGAUAAUGGUAGCCAGCGUUUUGGUUGUAACGAUAUACCUGAUAGUGGCCCAUGCCGUAUUUGAAUGGAAUUAAUGUUGAGGCUCUCUAUUAAUGGUCAUAGUCAAUUAAAAACAAAUAAUUUUACAUUUUUUUUACAUGAUAUACGUAUAUUUAAAAUAUUUAUUGUAGGUA